AUGAACUCUUCUCCACCACCUCCUUCAUUCACCCUUCCUCCACUCCCUUCGUCCGGCAACUUCCUCCUGACUCCUAGUCCUACCCCAUCCCCGAACACGGAGCAAGAUGGAUACGAUCUUACUCCUACUCAAAAGGGCAGGGCUGGUCCGAGUCCCAGAAAGGAGAAGGGAAAGGGAAGAUCAGAAGCUCACGUGAAUGAGCAUGAAGGCAGGAUCUCAAUGUAUGUAAAGUUGUUCGAUGAAAUGAUAACUACUGUAAUGACGUCGGAAUCGUAUCUAUUCACUCCGAGAGAAUUGUGGGUGCUCAAAAACAUCUUGAGUCUAGCAUACGAACCUCAUUAUCUGCUUACACGGUUACUGCUUCGACGACCAUGUAAGAUACAUCCAUAUUCUAACCUGGUCAAUGCGUAUUCAGCGGAACUAGGUGAAGAAGGUGUGAAACGAGCUAUGAAAGUUUUAUCUCGACCUCUGGAUAUCCCAAAAGAAAUCGUUGAUUCUGAACCUCAAAUUGAAGAACCUGUCCCUGGUCCUUCCAGAUUACCUGUGACACCACUUGGUCCGACUAAAUCAUAUCCUACACCAUUAUCCAACAAAGCAAAGGGAAAACAGCGUGUGGAUAUCAAGUUGAAACCCUGGGCUUCUCUUUCAUCUGGUUUAACACCCGACGAAGAAAAAGCGGAUCCUGAUCUAGCUGAAGCUUUGAAAGAAAGUCUUUGGGCAGCAAAAGUUGGUAGAGUAGAGAUUGAUGAUGAGGGAGUCACGAUUGAAUCACCUCCACCGGCGGAGAUCCAAUCUAGGAGUCGAUCAGUCUCAGGUGGAUCUACAACUCCUUCGAUUUCAAGCACUGAAACGAAAACUCCUUUAGUGGAAGAAUUCUCCUUAACUCCAAGACCACCACCUCCGAUACGUACUCUUGCUCGAGGAGAGAAGGAGUUGUCAUUGGAUGAUAUCAUGUCAUGUAUAUCCGCGGAAGAUUUGAAGAAAAUCGCUAAAGCUAAGAAAAUACCGCCUUCUGCUUUGAUCAAUCGUGAAUCUACCGUCACUGCAUUAAGAGGAAUGGCUAAAAAGCAGACUGUAUUAAGCUUUACACCUAUGAAAGGAAAAGGGAAACAAGGUGUUUUGCCAUUUGGCUCCAAUUCCAAUAAUUCAAAUACUAGGAUUACAUCGGAAUCACUUCUCGUUAAUCAAUUAUUACCGUUUCUUGGGCAUUCGGCAAUACAACUAAGUUCAGAAUUACAUUCAUUGAUAGCUAGAGUGAAUUUGAUAUUCUCAAGAACACCUCCUUUGACAGCUGGUGGAUCAUCGUUGAUGCUCCCAUCCAUAUUGGUCACUUCCCAUAAACGUAGAUAUCCAGAUUACGGUACACCUACAAGAUCGUUAAUCUGGUCGACGAGAGACGAUUUGCUGAUCUGGGAAAGGGCGGUCAGCUGGGAAACGAUAGUUUCCGAUGCGUUAGGUGAGAAUUGGGCUGAACAAAGGAAAACUCCAUUACCUGGAUUUGGUAUUAAUAAGCCUCAAUUGGGGAGAACGGAAGGUGCCAAGGUUGUCAAAAAGAUCUGGGAAGGUGUAUGGGAAGUUUGGAGGGUUCUUGUUCAGGGCAAAGGUGGUGAUGAGGUUGAUUAUGGAACGGAAAAGGGAGGUUUGGUGGGCGAUAGGUUUAAAACUGGCCAUGUUCUCACUAGGAUCGUCUAUAAGGGGGCAACUGCUUUGGGUAUAUUGCACGAAUACGAUGCUGAAUGUAUGGUCCUGAGAGCUUUGCUUGCGCAAAGGCGAUGGAGGAGGAGUAGAAGAGGAGCUUGGUAUGAUCGUCUCGCUUUAGUCUUGAUGAAUCACUAUAAUGCAUCCCCUGAAGAGAAAGAAGAGAAAAUGCGCGACGCGACACAGGUCUGUAUAGAUGGCUUAUUGGAUGAGGACACACAUAUGAUCUAUCGACCAGCACUCUCACGUCGGUUGACUCGAUUAGAAAACAAAUUAAAUCUUCCCUCAGACGAAAGACACAUCUCGUAUGCAUCUUUGAAUAAAUGCGAAACAACUGAAUUGACCGCGCCGAGAGUGUCCGAGAAUAUGGGUCAACCACGUUUUCGCUCUAGAUCAGAAAGUAUCAGAGGAGAUAGAGAAGCUAGCUUGGGAAUGGGAGAUGAGGAGUACAAAGCUGGAGGGAUCGGUAUUCAGCAGACCGGUAAAUCAGUUUGGCUUGGAAGGGAAGGUGAAGUCACUGUUGAAGGCUGGGUACUGGAAUGGUGGGAAGCUAAAGGAUAUAAAGGCUUUCACUCCGAAUCAUCAAUCUUGACGACCCUUUUCACAUUGUUGAUGUGGCCCAUUCUGUUUUCCCCACUACCAGGAGCAUUUGAAACACCAUACCAAACCGCACCGUUAGAUCUAGGUGAAGAUACAUUCGCACCUUCAAGAUCGACUGCAAUCGAGAAGCGCUUAGAAGAAAUGUCUAUGACCACAAAAGCUUUGCAAAUGCUCCAGGAAACUGAUGAGAGGGAAAGACCAAAAUCGACAUGGGCAGUUGGCGUAAAUUGGGAAUAUGGGUAUAAUGACUUGAGAGAGAUACUAGAGUGUAUGGGCGGUAGAUCAAUCUCGGGAGUCUGUAGAAUGUUGGCAGAGGAAUAUAGGCAUAGAUGUUCGGGUGUUCCUGAUCUAAUAGUCUGGAAUCAUGAUAAGAUGGAAGUCAGAUUUAUAGAAGUCAAAGGUCCAGGUGAUAGCUUAUCGGAAACUCAGAAAGUAUGGAUAGAUGUCCUCUUGUCUUCCGGUAUACCAGUUGAAGUUUGUCGUGUGAAAGAGAAAUUUGCAACCUCGAACCAGAUUGAGAAGAUCAAAAAGCGUAAAUCAUCCAUGACGCCAAAAGGGAAAGAUAAGAAGCCUAGGAAGGAGUAUGAAAGAACUGAAGAAGGUGAUUACGUCGAUGUCGAUGAUGGCAACACUACCAAAUUGGAUGAAGAAGACGAAAGGUGGGAAAAAGAGGAUGAGUUGAGACAAAUAGGUGAAACUAAACUUGACGGAAAGUGGGAAAGGAGAUAA